UCCUCCCCGGAGAACUAGUCACCGUGUGACUUGGGGAGUGGUCUAUGCGGGUAGUGACUACUGUAUUGGGUUGGGGUCUGUGCGGUGCCCCCCUGGAUCCUGACGUCACGCCUGCGUGCGCAUCUUUUUGGCACCGGAGCAAUGGACAGCAGGUCUCCCUGAUCCGUGCGCACAAUUCCUCCUCCGCCUGCUGCUUGUAUCAGUACCAGCAGCACCGCUGUGCCCGCAGCAUCACAUGCAAGGAUACUAGUGUAAUGGAUGUGCACAAUUUGGAGUUACUAAAAUCUCUUUUGCAUGGAAGCCAGCAUUAAAUAGCUUCUUUGUGCUGGAUUUGAGCUCUGCUCCAGCCUCUCCUUCAGUGUCCAGCAACCAUCUCUUCUCCAAAUGCCUAAACAGAGUAAAGUGACUCAGCGAGAGCAUAUUAACCAACAUGUCACAGAAUCAGUCGCUGACCUGUUGGCCCAUGAAGAGCCAGUAGAUCAUAAAGCAAGUGCCCUAAAUGUAGCAGGAGAUGAGUUUAAAGGAAAGCAGCUGGAAGACAACAUAGAGGUAGAGGACAGACCAGCAUGGAACAGCAAGCUACAGUACAUACUAGCACAAAUCGGAUAUUCUGUGGGUCUGGGCAAUGUUUGGCGAUUUCCAUAUCUGUGUCAGAAAAAUGGUGGAGGAGCCUACAUGGUCCCCUACUUGAUCUUGCUUAUUUUAAUCGGCGUUCCUCUCUUCUUCCUUGAAUUGGCCGUGGGGCAGAGAAUUCGCAGGGGUAGCAUCGGAGUGUGGAAUUACAUAUGCCCUCGACUGGGAGGAAUUGGCUAUGCUAGCUGUGUUGUCUGCUUCUUUGUUGGGCUCUAUUAUAAUGUUAUCAUUGGAUGGAGCAUAUUCUACUUCUUUCAGUCUUUCCAGUAUCCUCUGCCUUGGAAUGAAUGUCCAUCUGUGAAAAAUGGAACUGUUACUAUGGUGGAGGCUGAGUGUGACAAAAGCUCAGCUACAACAUACUUCUGGUAUCGGGAAGCUCUAGAUAUUUCAAAUUCAAUAUCAGAAGGCGGAGGUCUCAACUGGAAAAUGACCUUGUGCUUAUUAUGUGCUUGGAGUAUUGUGGGAAUGGCCAUGAUUAAAGGCAUCCAGUCAUCAGGCAAGGUAAUGUACUUCAGCUCCCUCUUCCCAUAUGUGGUACUAAUAUGCUUCCUUGUCCGUGGAUUACUGCUAAGAGGAUCUGUUGAUGGAAUUCUUCAUAUGUUAACUCCAAAGAUGGAGAAGAUGAUGGACCCACAGGUGUGGAGGGAGGCAGCAACGCAAGUGUUUUUUGCUUUGGGACUGGGCUUUGGCGGUGUCAUUGCCUUUUCCAGCUAUAACAAGCAGGAUAAUAACUGCCAGUUUGAUGCAGCUCUUGUCUCUUUUAUCAACUUCUUCACCUCUGUGCUGGCCACUCUGGUGGUGUUUGCUGUCCUUGGAUUCAAAGCCAAUAUGAUGAAUGAGAAAUGUGUAGUACAUAAUGCAGAGAAAAUUCUUGGCUAUUUGAACUCUCAUGUUCUGAGCUUUGAUCUUAUCCCACCACAUGUGAACUUUUCUCACUUGACAACAGCGGAUUAUACGGAAAUGUAUCAAGUCAUUAAAACUGUGAAAGAAAAUCAAUUUCAAGAUCUCCAUCUGGAUGCCUGUCUGCUAGAGGAUGAAUUGAAUAAGGCAGUACAAGGAACGGGAUUGGCAUUUAUUGCAUUCACUGAGGCCAUGACUCACUUCCCAGCCUCUCCCUUUUGGUCCGUUAUGUUUUUCUUCAUGCUGAUUAAUCUUGGGCUAGGAAGUAUGAUUGGCACGAUGUCUGGUAUUAUUACUCCUCUCAAUGACACAUUCAAAGUACGAAAGGAAGUUUUGACUGUCAGCUGUUGCAUCCUUGCCUUCCUGCUGGGCUUGAUCUUUGUUCAGCGUUCUGGGAAUUAUUUCGUCACCAUGUUUGAUGAUUACUCAGCCACACUACCACUCACCAUUGUGGUCAUCCUGGAAAACAUUGCAGUAGCUUGGGUGUAUGGCACAAAGAAAUUUAUGCAGGAGCUCACAGAAAUGCUUGGAUUCCGCCCGUAUGUCUACUACUUUUAUACUUGGAAGUAUGUGUCACCAAUCUUUAUGGCAAUUUUGCUGUCAGCAAGUGUAAUCCAACUAUUUAUCAGUCCACCAGGAUACAGUGCAUGGAUCAGAGAACUGGCUGCAGAACAAUUUCUGCUGUAUCCUACAUGGGCCCUGUCAUUACUUAUUUGUCUGAUAAUAUUAGCAAUCCUUCCAGUGCCCGUAAUCUUGAUUCUUUCUCAAUUGCAACUAUUACCGGACGGAUCCAAUAAACUAUCCGUGUCAUACAGGAAAGGUCGUAUGAUGAAGGAUAUGUCCAAUUUGGAAGAUAAUGAUGAAACACGCUUUAUCCUGAGCAAAGUGCCUAGUGAGACCCCAUCUCCAAUGCCAUCUCAUCGUCCAUAUCUCGGUCCUGAAAAUGCCUCUACUUUAGAUUUGGGUGGAUCAGCAAAUGGGCAGUAUGGGAGUGCCUAUGUAAUGGCAAUCACUCCUGAGUCAGAACUUUGAUCUCGCCCUUUGUUUUUUCGCACAACACUGUCAAAUGCAAUUAACUUUAUGCUUUACAACUAAAAGCCCUUUCCAAAACACCUUGCAGCAUAUGAUAAAAACAAUGGAACGUUUAUGUCUAACAAGAAGAAACUGAUGUUCCACCAUAGCACAACUUGUCUUUGGAACAUCAAAAGGUCAUCCUGCCACAGUGUUCCUCCAAUCAUAGACAUCAGUCAGCUUGCUUCUGCUUUGUGAGUUUAUUCAUCCUCUCACUACUGUAUGUACUGUAGGAUCAUGCUUAAAAGUGAAAAGCUUGUUGGUAUAUAGCACUGCAUAAUUGUUUUAAAACAUGUAUGAUACUUUAUCAACUAUUAUUUAUGCUUUUCUCUUAUUGAAAUAUUUUAAAUAUUUGCAGUUUAACACACAAACAAGAGUAGUAACAACACAACCAAGGUGGUUUAUUAGCAUAACCUAUGAGACUCUGACUAAAUUAAUUAUGAACAUAUUACUUAACAUUGAAAAAAUAUAAGCUAGUUUUUUGUUUAGAUAUUAAGAGCAAAAUAAUCUCUGUCUAGACUUUACCAUGCUAAGCAAUCAUAGCAGUGAGAUAACCAGUAACGUUCGGUCAGGGUAGGCAGAGCCUCACCUGUCAUAUUCCAGUAUACUCCAGAGCUUUGACUCUUAAAAUGAUUAGAAUAUUACAAAAAGACAUUAACUUAAAAAAUUAACUUUGUUUUAUUCUCAUCAUUUUUAUAGUAAAAUCUCAUCAAAUUUGCAGCGCUCCGAUGUAAAUACGGGGACUAGCAGGUAGGGACCAGAGGUGAAACAGCUCUUGUACUACUGUAGCUAGUGCCUCCCCAGGCAUUGACCUCAAUCACUGGAGAUAACAGUAAGCUUAAGGGCCUGUGUACAUAGAUGGCUUUUCUAUGUCUUUAAAUGGAGGAAAGAUGUAACAAGACUGCAGUACUGUAUAUGUAGGCCUAAGGGUUGUUAACCCCAGUGACUUGCAGUGAGGUAAAUGGGUGGGGAGGCACUGGCUAGUAUCAGAGUCCGAUUUACACACACGUAUAUGUACCCUAAGGUUUAAGUAGGGAUUAUACAAAGGUGCAGCAGUGUACAAUGCAUACGGUAAGUAUUCACAGCGCUUCACUUUUUCCACAUUUUGUAAUGUUGCAGCCUUAUUCAAUAAAAUGGAAUAAAUUCAUUUUUCCCUCACAAUUCUACACACAAUACCCCGUAAUGUCAACAUUAAAAAAUUAUUUUUGAGAUUUUUGCAAAUGUAUUCAAAAUAAAAAACAAAGAAAUCACAUGUACAUAAAUAUUCACAGCCUUUACUCAAUACUUUGUUGAUGCACCUUUGGCAGCAAUUACAGCCUCAAGUCUUUUUGAAUAUGAUGCCACAAGCUUGGCACACCUAAUUUUGGGCAGCUUCACCCAUUACUCUUUGCAGCACCUCUCAAGCUCCAUCAGGUUGGAUGGGAAGCAUCAGUGCACAGUCAUUUUCAGAUCUCUACAGAGAUGUUUAAUCAGAUUAAAGUCUGGGCUCUGGCUGGGCCACUCAAAGACAUUCACAGAGUUGUCCUGAAACCACUCCUUUGAUAUCUUGGCUGUGUGCUUAGGGUCAUUGUCCUGCUGAAAGAUGAAUCGUCGCCCCACUCUGAGGUCAGUGGCGCUCUGGAGCAGGUUUUCAUCCAGGAUGUCUCUGUACAUUGCUGCAUUCAUCUUUCCAUCUAUCCUGACUAGUCUCCCAGUUCCUGCCGCUGAAAAACAUCCCCACAGCAUGAUGCUGCUGCCACCACAGUGCUUAAACUGUAGGAAUGGUUUUGGCCUAGUGAUGAGUGGUGUCUGGUUUUCUCCAAACAUGAUGCCUAGCAUUCACGCAACAAGUUCAAUCUUUGUCUCAUCAGACCAGAGAAUUUUGUUUCUCAUGGUCUGAGAGUCCUUCAGGUGCAUUUUGGCAAACUCCAGGCGGGCUGCCAUGUGCUUUUUACUAAGGCGUGGCUUCCAUAUGGCCACUCUACCAUACAGGCCUGAUUGGUGGAUUGCUGCAGAGAUGGUUGUUCUUCUAGAAGGUUCUCCUCUCUCCACAGAGGACCAUCGGGUUCUUGGUCACCUUCCUGACAUGAACAACUCUCCCACGAUCGCUCAGUCUAGAUGGCUGGCCAGCUUUAGGAAAGUCCUGCUGGUUCCGAACUUCUUCCAUUUACAGAUAAUGGAGGCCACUGUGCUCAAUGGGACCUUCAAGCAAAUAUUUCUCUGUACCCUUCCUCAGAUUUGUGACUCGAGACAAUCCUGCCUCGGAGGUCUACAGACAAUUCCUUUGACUUCAUACUUGGUUUGUGCACUGUAAAGUGUGGGACUUUAUAUAGACAGAUGUGUGCCUUUCCAAAUCAUGUCAAAUCAACUAAAUUUACCACAGGUGGACUCCAAUUAAGCUGUAGGAACAUCUCAAGUAUGAUCAGUGGAAAAAGGAUGCACCUGAGCUCAAUUUUGAGUUUCAUGGCAAAGGCUGUGAAUACUUAUGUACAUGCGAUUUCUUAGUUUUUUUAUUUUUAAUAAAGUUGCAAAAAUCUAAAAAAAAAAAAUUUUCAUGUUGUCAUUAUGGGGUAUUGUGUGUAGAAUUUUUUGGGAAAAAAUAAUUUAUUUAUUUUUGGAUUAAAAGUCGGAUCCAUUCCGACAUGUAUUUGUCGGAAUGGAUCCGACAACUCCUAUUCAAUCCCAUCUUAAUUCGACUUUUUCAAGUCGAAUUUAGGUAGGACACAGAGGAGGAGAAGGGGGGACGAGCCGCGGGGAGACCAGCGGGGG